GUAGCCGCCAUGCUUGACGACAGCUUCCCCACGUAUCGGAUGCACUCUGCUGCAGAAGAUGCUCUCCAGACGACUCUGUUCUACACCUACAACGGCUCGGAUCCUCUGCGCGCUUACACCCUCCAGAGACCUGCACCAGCAUCCUCGGCGAACCAGUAUGCGCUCGCUCUGUUCGACGCCCACCACCAAUCCGUCAUCUACGGCGAGGUGCUGGUCAAGCCCGAGUGGCAGCAGCCCACGCUCUCGGCCGCCGAGAUUCGCAACCAGAACGGCUCGCCGCCCAACGUGCCCAUCACGCCCGACUCCUUCUCCGUGCUGCUGUACAACCCCGACCAGAACAUAGUCGUCAAGCGCAAUGCCGGGGGGUGGAACCGCGCUGAUUCGUGGGGCUUUGAGAUGCCGGAGCGCACCUUUAAGCUGCCCAGCGUCAGCAAGCUGGAUCAGGAGACGGGGAGCAAUGAUGUGUCGGAUCUGUCGCCAAAGAUUAUGUUUCACUGGAAGCGGGACGGGCGGCUCAACAGGGACAUGACGUGCUACAUGUCGGGCAAGAUUGCAGGCGGCAAGAAGAGCAAGGAGCCGGACAUUACGGUGGCCAUGUAUCGGAGCCACAAGCAAGGGGAUGCCGUGUGCAUCUACGAGCCCAACAUGGCUCGCGUCGAGGUCGAGGACCGGAAGGGUCUUGAGGUGGUGCUGCUUCUGAGUGCCGUCGUCGUCAGAGACUUGCAUUUUGCGCCUCGGCAGAAUCCGUUCAACGUCUCCGGCGCUGCUCCUGCGCCGAGAAGAGGCUCGCGGCCGUUGGCACCGUCACCUAACGACCCGACGCUGGUAUCGGGUGCGUUGGCAGAUACUCCAUCACCGGGACCGACACACACCCCUCCCGCAAGGCCGUCUCCGGCUAGCAAUGCCGCGAAGCAAGCCGAGAUUGAUGCCGAGACUCGCAGGCUGCAGGCCAUGGUGGCCGAAGAAGAGCGACAGCGCCGCGCGCGGCUUGCUCGGGAGGAGGAGGAGAAGACGCGGAGGAUGCUCCAGCAGGAGGAAGACGCUCGACGGCGGCAGAAGCAAGCCGAGAUUGAUGCCGAGACCGAGCGGCUGCGGCGACAAUACGGCGUCCCGGCCCCACGGCCAACACAGUCCCCUCCUCUUCCACAGCGACCCUUUGGGACGACGACGACGGCCAUGUCUGGUGCAUUGGGUGGUGGUGGCGGCGGCUGGUAUGGCCCGCCCGUCGUGAAUAACCUCCAGCCCCCUCCUCCGCCGCGGCCAAACAGCGUAGGGCCGGGCCCGUCUACGCAGCAGCAGAAUGGGCGCAACAACCUGAGUCCUUAUUCGGGACCGUCGGGGGCGCGGGUCAGCGCGCUUAGCUUUUUCGGCGGGGGGAAGACGGAUGAGGAGAAAAGGAAGAAGAUGAAGAAGAAGCAGAGCGUGCAUUUCUAGGGGGCGUCGCAUCAUGGGCGUUUGGGGGGGAAUAUAUACCAGGUUGAUUUGGGUGGCAUAGACUAUGGGGUGUUAUGGAUUGUGUAUUUAUGUUACUUGAUGAUCACUUGUGGUGGCAUUACUAGGAGUAUCGUUUUUACAAAUCAUGUUAUUCAUUGAGUGUAAUUUUAUGUGUAUUGCACUGGUAUUAGAUGUCAUACAACAACUGCACCUCUUUGCCGGGACUGGGCUGAGCUAAUAGACCUAAAUUCUGCAAG